GUUACACAUGCCCUGUGUGUAACUGGGCUCUGUCCGGCCUGAGUAGGAGGAACACAUAUUCUCCCGGUGCUUAAGCAGAGCAGGUAGACACACAGGAAGAGGGGAAACAUGGUUUUUAUGACUCUGUUCUGUCUGCUGUUACUGUGGCCUGGCUUCAGCACUCUAAUGAGAUCUCCAUUGGACGAGAUAUUUCAUCACUCCGCCAGUCAAAGAGAGACAGUUUCUUCUCCUGAUGCCGCUGAGAGUGGGCGGCUGCGUCGGUCAGCCUCAAUGCCCGAUAUCACCCAUCUGGAGCUGCUGGUGGUGGUCGGACCUGACGUCCAGCAGGUCCACAAGCAGGAUACAGAAAGAUACAUCCUCACCAACCUCAAUAUUGCCUCAGAGCUGCUGAGAGACAUGACCCUGGGCGCCAACAUGCGCGUGCACCUGGUCCGCAUGAUCAUCCUGUCGGAGCCAGAGCCAGAGAUCCAAAUGUCCACCAACAUCUCCUCGUCUCUUAGAAGUGUGUGCGACUGGGGCAGAAGGAUAAACCCCUCCAAUGACACAGACCCACUCCACGCUGACCUGUUGUUGUACAUUACAAGGUAUGACCUGGUGUUGCCUGAUGGGAACAAGCAGGUCAGGGGAGUAGCACAGCUGGGUGGGGUUUGCUCCAGCGAGUGGAGCUGUGUGAUUACAGAGGACACAGGCUUUGACCUGGGGGUCACCAUCGCUCAUGAAAUUGGCCACAGUUUUGGUAUCAACCACGACGGACUGGGAAACACCUGCAGCAGGAGUGGGUUCAUGAUGGCCUCUGAUGGAGGCUACAACUGUGUGGAUCUGACCUGGUCUCCGUGCAGCAGGCAGCAGCUGGUGUCGUUCUUCAGUGAAGGGAAAGCUGGAUGUGUAAGAGACCUGCCCGCAAUGGAAGGCUCCUUACAAGACUGGAAGCCUGGUCUGUACUAUGGAGUUGAUGACCAGUGUCGUAUAGCUUUUGGUAGCACUGCAAGAGCCUGCUCUUUCACCCAUCCUGACCUACCGGCCUGUCGCGUUCUGUCCUGUCAAAUUAGACCAGAUGAUGACAGCACCUGCAAACGUCUCCUGGUUCCACUGCUGGACGGGACAGAGUGCGCACCAAAUCAGUGGUGUCUGAAGGGGCGUUGUGUGUCCCCGGAUGAGCUCAGCUCCUCUGUGGUGGUGCAUGGCUCCUGGUCCAGCUGGUCUGAGUUCUCCCCCUGUUCUCGGACAUGUGGUGGAGGAGUCACUCACCGCACUCGGCAAUGCAACAAGCCGAGACCUGCCUUUGGGGGGACUGACUGUCAGGGUCUGGAUAUUGAGGCUGAACUUUGUCACCAGCAGCCAUGUGAACGCACCCAGCUAGAUUUCAUGGCAGAACAGUGUUCGCAGACAGACCUCCAGCCCCUCUACCUGCUACCGGACACAGCCUCCUUCUACACAUGGAUCCCUGCUGUAGGCUUUGCAGAAGGGGAUGAGCAGUGCAGAUAUAUGUGCCAGUCAGAGGGAGAAAACUUCAUGGUGAGCCGUGGCUCCCAGUUUUUGGAUGGGACUCGCUGUGAGUCAGACAGUCCGCCUCCUUCUGGCUCCACAGCUGCUUGUCUGAGAGGGAAAUGCCAGCUGUUUGGCUGUGAUGGCGUGCUACACUCGGGCAAAGCGUGGGAUGUGUGCGCGGUGUGUGGUGGAAAUGGAUCAUCCUGCAGUUUGACCUCUGACUCAUACACUGCUGGUCAGGCCAGAGAGUACACCACCUUCCUCUCGCUCCCAGUGAAUGCCACACAGGUUCAUAUUGUAAACAGGGCACCUCUCUUCACUCACAUGGCUGUCAAGGUUGGGGAUCGGUACAUUGUGUCUGGGUCCGGCAGCAUGGCACUGAACAUGACCCACCCCUCCCCAGUGGAUGACAACCACCUAGAAUACCGCCUUCACUUGACCUCUGACCUUUUACCUGCGAUGGAGGAGCUGCUGCUGCCUGGACCGCUGCAACUGGAGAUAAACGUACAGGUCUAUCGCAAAUAUGGGAAAGAAUAUGGCGAGAGAACAAAUCCAAACAUUAGUUACCAGUUCUAUACACCUAUGAACAGUGACUUGUCAGGAAUCACACCUGCGGGCAAAUGGGUUGUCUUUACAACACCCUGCUCUGUGUCCUGUGGAUCUGGCGUACAGACACAUGUAUAUGUCUGUGCAGAUGAAGAUACCAACAACCAUUUGGAAGAACACAAUUGUGGAACAACUUUGUCACCUGUACCACUCCAGUCCCCUUGUGACCUCCCACCCUGUCCCCCCAGGUGGGAUACGGGGAACUUUGGUAGCUGUAGUGCCUCCUGUGGCGGAGGAGAAAGGGUGCGUCCUGUAAAAUGUGUUCAGACACAUGGGGCUGAGGUGGUGAAGGUUCCGGACUCUGAGUGUCCACCAGAAGCGGCUCCAAAUGCUGUGGAAAAAUGUAACAUGCAACAUUGUCCUGCCAGAUGGCGUGUUUCAGAACCAGGGGAAUGUUCCGCAGUGUGCGGGCCAGGGGAAGCCAAGCUUGCCGUGUCAUGUGUCCGGCCGGAAGCCGGUCGGGAUGUUGAAGUGGAGCAAAGCUUUUGCUCACAGCAGAUCAAACCACCUGAUUCUGUGCCCUGUGUGGUGGACGUUUGUCCCAUCGGUUGGGAAUCCAAGGGAGAGGAGCAGUCGAUGCUUGAGCCCAGUUUGUUGCCGCGCUCUAGACAAGCUCCUGUGUAUGUUUGGAGCCCUGCUAUCAGCCAGUGCUCAAAGACCUGUGGUAAUGGAACACUGCAGGUGUGGUUUUCCUGUUUGGACCACCAGACCAGACUGGGGGUGCCUGACUUCCACUGCGAUGCUUCUACCAAACCUCCUCCUCAGGCUGAGAUCUGUGGCACAUCUCCCUGCCGUCCCAUGUGGCGCUCUAAGCAAGGAGUCUGCAGUGUGUCCUGUGGAGGAGGGGUGGCCGACAGGGUGCUGUACUGUGCUCGAGAAGCAGAGGAGGGGGAGGAGGUGGUUGUGGAGGACUCCGAGUGUAGUGACUUUCUCAAACCCACGGGAGUGGUUUCAUGUAACACCCACAGCUGCCCGGCAAGGUGGAAGGUGUUCAGGACGUCACCCUGCUCACUGUCCUGUGACUUGGGUGUAGCUCAGAGGAUCGUGUCCUGUGUCCAAUUUGUCCACGGCAAGGAGAGUGUUGUGCCAGAAGAAAACUGCCACGAGGCCGUCAAACCAGCCACCACAGUGCCCUGCCUGGUGCAAAUCUGCACCUUCAGGUGGGAGGUGAAGCGGUGGAGCCAGUGUUCAGUGCCCUGUGGAUAUGGGAUCCAGUCCAGAGCCGUGUCCUGCCUGGGCCCCUCCAAGCCUGAGCCUCUCAGCCCUCUGCUCUGCAUGCAUAUGCCCAAACCCAUCACCAUCCAGGGCUGCCACACGGCAAGCUGCGUAGAUGCGCCGCCCACCCCGACUGCAACAGGGACCGCCAUGGCGGUUAACCUCACUGAAGGGCCUCUCCUGUCCCCCAUACACCUUCCAAGUCCAACAGGAGCCAUCACCUUCCCACAGACCACCACGACAACCCCCCCAACACUCAGAGGCGCAUGUGGACAGCUGCUCCUGGAGGAAUCAGGCACAGUGGAUUUGAAAAAUGUAACAAGCCGCUGCACAGUGUCCAUAGGUCGACCCCUAGAUGAGGUCAUUCACAUUAAGGUGGAAUCUAGCUCCUUGAAUUGCAGGAAAAAGGAGCACGUGGUAUUUUUUGACCGACUGGCCAUUGUGAGAAAGUGUGCGCAGGUGGCAAAUAGUGAGCUGACAACGAGAACCAACGUCCUUCUGGUUCGUCAAAAUCUGCUCACUCCUGGUAAUGGGAUCGUGUUUACCUACAUGUCGCAGAAAAACACAAAGAGGAGCCACCAUCAGGAUUGUGACGUUCAGUUGUUUUCCCCCAGCGGCGACUUUGACAACCCAACAACGUCCCACACUAACCACACCUGUCGGGUACUCAUCAAUGCACCUCCCUCAGUGAAGAUCAGAGUCCAAGCGAUACACAUAAGAUUCAACGCCACCAACUCCCAGUCCACAUACAUUAUGGUGCGGGCCAGCUUUUAAACUUGUGUUGUUGUUUCAGUAUGCUGCACACUGGAUUGGGGCUAAAAAAGUGCAAGUGUAAUAACUAUUAUACUAAAAUAAAUCUUUUUUUUCUUGGUCUAGAUCCGGGACAUGGACAUGUUAAAGACCUCUGUAUUUAAAGGCCAACAUCUGUUUCUAUGGCAAUCCUCCGGAAAUAUGGCCGAGA